UGUCACGUGGAAGCAGAGUAUGAGGCUAUCCGCUAAAACAGACGCUUUUUAAAUGAAACAUUCUGUGUGUAUUUAGCUUUAUAAACCUUUCUCUUGACGAGUUAACCUGUGCGACUUCAACACACCAUGGAAUCGGAAGGGAUGUCGCACCAUGCAGUCAGUUCAUCAGUAGAUGUGUCUCAGAGUGUUGAGGAGGACCCUUUAGUGGACGGACCGCUGAUCUCCCAUGAUGCCCUGCAGUCUGCUAUCAGGAGAGAAUUCAAAACUCUCCCCACACACUGUCCUGCUGUCCUGCUGUUGCUGCUGCAGGUGGUGUAUGUGUCUCUGAGUGUGUGUGUUGCCGUAGUGUGUGUGUUGGAGGUUGGCCGGGAGGAGUGUGUCCGUGUGUUGGGUCAUGUUCGGGGGCAGAGUGUGGUGGUGAUUGGGAAGGUGUUUGUGUGGCUGUGUGUGUUGUUGUUUGGUGUGUGUGUUCAGCAUCACCACAGCCGAGUGAGGGGCAGAGGAUACCUCCGUUUCUACAGAGACAACCGCACCCUGAAACACCUGCCCUUCCUCAUCCACUCUGCAGGGAACACGGCGGUGUUGGUGGUCAUGUCAGCUGAUCUGCCAGAGGCGGGUCAUCUUCCUGUUUAUCUGCUGCUAGGGAUUCUGGGACUGGAGCUCCUGGUCUCUCUGCCUUGUCUGAUCAUCUACACAGUCAGGGUGGUGAGAUUCAACAGAGACAGAGCUGGUCCAGAUAUCAGUCAGGAGGAACCAUCUAACUCCUACAACACUACUGAGACUGGCUUCAGAGAGGGCUCCAGUCUGGAGGAGGUAGUGGAGAAACAAGCUGAUCUCAUCGACUACCUGAAGCAACACAACACCUUACUGAGCAAGAGACUGCUCAACAUGACUGUACAGCACUGACCGCAAUACAACCACAAUACGACCACAACACCACCAUAAGAGACAGAGAGAGGAGGAUGGAAGAAGAGAAGAGUGUCACAGAUUAGAGGCCUGACCACCCCAAGUGACCUCUGGGUAGUGUGUGUGCGUAGAGAUUGUGUGUGUGCGUAGAGAUUGUGUGUCUGUGUAGAGAUUGUGUGUGAAAAGGGUAUUCAUUAGAUAUAUGUGAGAAAGAGGGAGAAGAAGGGAGGAGAGAUGAGGGAGAGAGAGAGAGAAAAAGAGGGAGCGAGA